UCGUCGCGACGACGCUUCGGACGCGUAUAAAUACCAUCGUCGAAGAGCGAGCAAGCUUCAGUACGCCGUUCGCUUUUCGUGAUCUCUCGUCUCGAGAUUUUCUUUCUAACGCUUCCUUAACCACGCAUUUUUCUCGCAAUCUUCGGAAAAAAUGGAGAAUAAUAACAACAGAAGCAGACGUUCUUCCUCGUCUGAGAAAGCAAAAGAGAUAGAGGCGAUAAAUGGACUGGUUUCAGAAAAGAACGUCCUCAUCACUGGUGGAGCCUCAGGAUUAGGGUGUGCUUUUCUCAAUCACUUUUUGAAACACGGUGCCAGCAAGAUAAUUAUACUGGACAUCGAUGCAGACGCUGGAAAAAAAGUGGAACUGAGCGUCGAAAAAUCGUAUGGAGAAAAAAAGGUGCACUUUAUACAUGUGGACGUGUCUGAUUACCAACAAACGGCUGAGGCUUUUGAGAAAGCAGCCAAACUUAUGAACGACAUUGAUGUUGUUAUUAAUAAUGCUGGGAUUUUGGAUGAACGAAGAUGGGAAAGAGAAAUUGCAGUGAACAUUGGAGGGAUGGUGUCUACCGCUUUCCUUGCUGUUAAAUAUUUAAACAGAAAUGAACUUGGACACGGUGGAACUCUGGUGAACGUUAGCCAGCACAUUGACAUCAGAUGCACAGCUCAGCUUCCGGUUUACACGGCUACCAAGCACGCCAUCAUCGGUCUCUCGCAAUCUCUCGCGGAAUCUUAUCGAUAUGAGAAGACCGGUAUCCGAGUGAUAACGUUGUGCCCAGGCUUAACAGAGACUGCGCUCACAGUGGACAGUCCAAACAAGUUGCUCUCUCGGGUGAUGAAGGCGGAUUUCGUAAAAAAUCUCGAACAAUUAUCCAUACAAACACCGUACGUAGUGGCUCAAGGUUUGAUGUCGAUAUUGAGGAUCGGUGAGUCCGGUAGCAUAUGGGUGGUUGAAAACGGUCGAAGUCCGUACGAAGUUUACGUGCCGAAUCCUCGUACUUUGCGCCGCACUUACAAGAACAAUUUCACGCUUGUCGAGAGCAAAGUGACGGCAAGAGGUCGUCCGAUAAGAGAGGUCUGCGACAACACGAGGACAGGUCUGAUGAGCUGCGCUUGACACGAGAACGUCGCUUCUCUUCGACCGUGAUCUGCCGUAUUCUUCAGGAAUCAUCAGAAAUGAUUCGGAUCAGCUACGCGCGUUCCAAUUCCCUUGAUGAACGAUCGAGGGAAUUCGAAAUUGUUGCGGAGGGAUGUUGAGUAAGAUUUGUACUUGUUCGAUCAAAUCUGAAAGAAGUUGAAGGAAAUGAAAAAGAUUCAAGCUACGCGUUGCUUGAUUUUUUCUUCUCAGUCAUUGAUACAAUGUUAAGUAUUUAUACACGCGUAUACGCAACGCAUCGCAUUUUUGUACAUAGAUGAAUCGACGCCACCAUGUUAUUCUUUUUUUUUUUUUAAGUUUACUUAGCAUUUAAGUCGACAAUAAUGAUAUGCCUUUUUUUUACGCGAUCAAGUCUCUUUUUAAUUGUUCGAACUCUCUUUUUCUUGGAGCACUGACGAUUUACGAAAACAAUUUUUAUUGAUAAUUGACGAAUACUUUCGGAUACUUUUUUCUCCUUUCUCUUUUUUUUUCGCAAAGCAAUUGGUGGGCUUAAGGAGUAUACAACAAACGUUAUUUUAUUAUUUCAAUAUUAUUCAGCAAUGGGAAUCACAAUAUCCGUUGUACAAAACAAAAAUUUAUUAUCGGAAAACCGCAUACACCGUGUGCUUUCUUUCCACGCGCUAUGCAUAAAACUUAAAAGUUAUAUUUCUUCUUUUUCCCCCAUAUUCCUUUCUAGUUAACUUAUCUUUAUACGCUUUAUAUUUUUUUUUCCUUGCUUUGCAACUUUACUGUUAGCUUAUGGAGGUUUUUCUUCUUUUUUUUUUUUAUAAGACUUACACGUAACUAAAUCUCAUGUUAAUGUAAUGUAUAUAUCUGUAUACGUUUAGGAUUCCAUACGAACCAUAAGAAAAUAACAGUCGCAAAUAAUAUACCUAUGCCUUCCUUUUUGCGUCUUAUAUUUUUGAAGAACAUUAUCAUGCUUUUAGAGUCUUACUCUCGUAACGCUAUCUGCAAUCUACGCAUAGCGUCCUCGUACAUCAAAAAUUUAUCAGAAUUCUUUUUUUAAUAGAAAAUCGAACUUAUUAAACGCAGUCGAACUACAAGAAGGCAUUUGCGCUUCCAUUUUCUCUUUCAUUAACAUACUCACGUUUAAUAUUUCAAAGAAAAAAAAGGGCAAACAAAAAUCAAUGGUCAGUAUUGAUGUACGAUUCAGCUUUACACGCGUAUUUCUAUGAAAUAUACAAAAUCAAUCUUUUUA